CCAAUCACUUUAGGGGUAUGGGCGUGACUCGACGUGAAACUAACCAAUCGCAGCUAGUUGUGUGCCCUGAGUGCGGAUCAGUGUAUAAUGAUGUCGGAUAUCGUCUGUGUGUAAACGAAGAAAAGGAGGUGUAGAGAAGGAAUUUUGGGGGCGAUAAUUGAGGAGGGACAUGGCCCAGGAGACCAACCAGAGUCAGGCUCCUCUGCUCUGUUCUACAGGCUGUGGUUUCUACGCCAGCCCCAGGAAUAAUGGCAUGUGUUCCAUAUGCUACAAAGACUUCCUUCAAAGACAGAACAACAGUGGACGUGUUAGCCCACCUGGGCCAUCUUCUGCUGACAGUAGCAUUGGAGAGUCUCUCCUAACACAAUGCUCUGACAAUACUACAGUCACUUCUCCAGCAGCCACAUGCCCUGCAGACACAGAAUCUGCACACUGCAGUGGAACAACAACAACAACAACCUCAGCAUCCUCGAAAGAGGAGAAUACCUCAGGAGCAAAUACCAGUCUGACAGCGGACAGUUUGCCAAGUUCAUGCAUGGCAGUCAGAGCUACAGUAGUAGGCAGUGAGCAGAGAGGGGAGUGUUCAGCAGGUAGCUCAGAGACAGCCUCCUCACCCCAGAGGACAGUAAUGAGGAACUGCCCCCUUGUCAAACAGUACACUCAUAAAAGCAAGAAAAGGAAGCUGGAGGAUCGUGAUGAGAGCGUAGAUGAGAUGAGAGCAUCAGGGUCUGAUGUGUCGGUAGACUCACCCGUACAGACAGAGGAGAAGCCCAAAGCCAAGAAGAACCGCUGCUUCACCUGCCGCAAGAAAGUUGGUCUCACAGGCUUUGACUGCAGAUGUGGAAACGUAUUCUGUUGCAUUCACCGAUACUCAGACGUUCACAACUGCACCUUUGACUACAAAGCUGAUGCGGCAGAGAAGAUCAGGAAAGAAAACCCUGUGAUUGUUGGAGAGAAGAUCCAGAAGAUAUAAAACCAGUCAGAGCAGAAAAUAAAACUCAACGUCAGUUCCUUAUGUUCCCAGCUUAGUGAUUCGUUUUUCUUUCGUAGGACAACCCACAUUAUCACACUGAUGAUUUAAAGAAUGCAUAUCACCUCACCAGUGAUCGUUAGUAUCCUCACGUCUUUGUAUGUAGCCUCGUUUCAUAACCGAAUGUAUUGGCACACACCAGACUUUGCUUUUACGUCAUCAAUAAUAAACAGCUUUUUUUGUGUGAAUCUGUCAGUGUGCGCUUCCGCUGAGGGUUGUGUGUGUUUAAGUGUGUGAUGAGUGAUGAGAAGCAUGUUUGAGUUAACGGUGUGAGAAUAUAGUUCAUGUGUGGAAAAAGAAGGGCCAAUAGUUAUUGUGCUGUAUUUAUGUUUAUUGACUGUGCUGAUUUUUAAUAAAAAUCAUUCUUUGUUUCUGUUUA